AUGGGCGCGUCACAAUCUCGGACAGAGGAGCCAGACGAGAAGGUCUUCUACAAUGAAGUACCUAUUCAGAUUUCCGGGGAGCUCGUCAGCAAACUGGCAGACAAGUCCGAGUCCUCCGAUGUCCCACCCGCGCGCCAGUCAUUACUAGACAGCGCAGUGCGCGCACGCAUUGAUGCGGACGUUGCCCGACUAAAAGAGGAGGAGGAGACUGUCCAGCGCGAGAUUGAGGCUGCACUCGAGCGCGAGAACCUGGACCGUGAGCGUUCGAUGGCCGGCGCGUCGGACGAGCCGGGUGCGGGCGACGUCAAGAGCUCGGCUGUGUUGAUGGAGGAUUUGGAGGAGAUUAGGCAGAAGGUGGAGCGGUACAACAACAGGAGAGAGCUGGCGGAGCAUCCCGAGCUUAAGGCUAAGAGUGAGGCCGUCGUCGAGUGCUACACGUCACAUCCAAGGACGACGCUCGAUUGCUGGAGGGAAGUUGAGGAGUUCCACUCUGCCGUUGCAGACGUCGAGCAUAAAUACGUCGCCUCUUUGCGGUAG